AUGUUCAAAAAUGUUAGUACCUUAGUACUCUAUAGUAAACUUUACUCCAGGGAGCAUCGUUUUUCUGAAUAUUGGAUAAUAUAUCAUUACAGUAUCUGGGGUUUUUUUUUUGUUGUAUUUCUAGUGUUUGAAUGCGAGUGUUCUCUACCUAAACAUCGAUGUCAGCAGAUUCGACCCAUCAAUGGCCGGGCGAGAUUACUAUUAGUACGCGGUGUUGUAACCAUGGCCAAAAUAACCUGUUUUCAACAGUACGUUCUGGUAAAUGGCAAUGAGACGAUGACUUGUGUUGGAGGAAAAUGGGAUAGUGAAUUUCCGAUAUGUGCUAAAUAUGAUCCAAUGCAUAUACCUUGUGACUUCGAAUCACCGGAAGAAAGGUUUUGUGGGUGGAGAAAUUAUAUACAUAAUGAAAUUGAGUGGUUGGCCGAUAAAAUUUCAGUUCUGCCAAAUAGUAACAGAAGUCAUGUAACACCUGGUUCUUCUCAAUAUUUUACAAAUUAUUAUAUAUCCUUGGACACGAGAGAUUAUGGAUCCACUACCAUCGGACAAUUGUUAUCACCAUCACUUCUUCCAGUUGCAACUAAACAAAGGUGUUUAAAAUUUUCGUAUAAAGUAACGCCAGGCGAUUCACGCAGUCGUCCUACACUAAAAGUAAUUCUCGGAGGCAUACCUCACUGGCAAACUCACGGAGGGGAAGGAAGAGCUAUAAUUGGGUUAUAUCGAUUUAACGUGCCUAAUAAAAUCGUAAUUGAAGGUAGUAGUUGUAAAGCAGCUAUUGAUAAUUUGAUAAUUACAGAGGAUAAUAGUUGUACUCAACGACCGUAUGAUGAAGAGCUCGACAGUUGUCAUGACAAUUGCGGAAAAAUAUCAGACGGUGUUGGUUGUUCGUGUGAUUGGUCAUGUCAUAAUAAUAAUAACUGCUGCCCAGAUAUACAAAUAAAAUGUCCGUAUAUCAAACCAAUAGACGAUAUAUCUAGACUAUAUUUAUCUACUUCAACUACUAUCACACCAACCAUGAUGACGACUUCAGAAAAAAAUAAAACGUUAAAUUCAUCAAUUCCAAAAAAUAGGGAUAACAAUACAAUAACAAUUGGCAAGCUUACUUUAGUUUUUAAUUCUAGGGUAUUAGUGCACCAAACCUCCUCUAAUUCAACCGAGAUUAGUCUCACAUUGAAUCCAACAUCAAAAGGUUUAAUAACUCGCCGUUCACCAAAAAUUGUCGAUCAUUUAAAUAAAAAUAUAUCCACUUUUUCCGAUACAAAUUUGACUGAUAUAAUUCAUCAAAAUUUUGAAAACUCUGUAAUACCUUUACAACAUAAUCAAACUUUAAAAACCAACGCAUUUUCAUUAAGCAACUAUAGCGUUGUACCGGCAAUACCAACUGAGUCAACUAAUCUUUUAGAAAACCUGAAACUAAACAAGAUCGCGGGAUUGUCUUACGUAUAUGAUGCCAUCUAUGUUAUUGGAUACCUUGUUGCAAUAGGUGUUAUACUUUUCCUUGUUAAGCACUCGUUUUACUUUAUAAAGUCGCUUAUCAAGAAACAAACAGAUGUGAAAGACCAGACUUCUGUUGAGACGAAUAAUGAAGGGUCUAGAAAUAUUGGAUUGAUAUCUAAUUUAUAAGAAUAAAUAUUACAUUUUAUUGGCUGCCUUUUCAACAAAAAAAUCAACUGUUUUCCAAUAACUUUAAAUAAUCUAACUAUUUAAAACUUUUUUGUCUAUUAACUUUCGUACGUAUAUAUUUUAAUUUCUGGUUUUAUAUUUUACAUUUAUUUUUAAUAAAAUAAA